AUGGGUGCCGCUGAGUCGACCGCUCAAAAUACGGAAGACAACCGCUUUGUGUCGGGAGAUCAUUACACGGUGUUGGGAAUCACAGAGAGCGCUACAGCUGAAGAAAUAAGGGUCGCGUUCAGAAAGCUCGCACUAGUUCAUCACCCGGAUAAGAACAUGAAUGAUGUAGAAGGUGCCACUCAGCGAUUUGCAGCGGUACAGCAAGCGUACGAGAUACUAAGCAACGAUCAAGAUCGCGCGUACUACGAUAGCCAGAAAGCCUUCCGUGUACCACAGCCAACACAGAAGGAAGAACAGGAAGAAGAAGUUACAUCCACGAUGCCGGGUUUCCUUCGUCCAGAAGCUCGUCCAGAGCAGGUCACACCAGAAUCUGCAUCUCGUCGGACACAGCCGAACGGAAGCUGGCGGGGAGAUGGCAGAUCCAGUCCAACAUUCAAUUCCAAGAAAAUUUUGACAUUUGAGGAUAUCAUCCGCUUUCACCUGCUUCUCUCUCCCGAAUUGGACUUCUUCGGCGAUGGUACCCAUAGUUUCUAUGCCUUGUAUCACGAAAUAUUCCAUCGCAUCGCAGCAGACGAGCCUGACUUUAAAGCGGAUUCGUAUAUGUGCUUCGGCAAUUCUGCAACACCAUGGAAAUUGCCAAGAAUUUUUAAGCAGAUGAGGCCCUCUCCCGUCUCUGUCGCUGACUUCUACGAUUCCUGGAUGAAGUUUGAGACGUCAAAGGACUUCUCUUCUGUCGUGGAUUUGCAAACCUCAAAUGCCGGCUCUCGCAAAACACAGAAGAAAACACGGCAAAAAAAUAACUAUCUCCUCAGGAAGGCGGCUGAUGACUACAAUCAGGCAGUCAGAGCACUGGUGACCAUGGUACGCGCCGUGGAUCCUCGGUAUAUUUGCAGAAAGUCGCCUUGCAUGUGCCGUGCAUGCUAUGCCGAAAAUUUCCAGAAGACUAGGCGUAGACGGUGA